GCGGAUUACACAUAUAAGCGUUUCAUGCAUUUGUACAUGCGCAUUUUCUGUUGGUAUUGAAGAGCUUACACUUACACAUGGUUUCACCUUCUCGAUUUCUGUUGUAUUUGACUUGCAUUUUUGUUCAGUGCCCUUUUUUUGGUUUGCGCAGCUUAUCUUUUCCUUUGUGUUUUUGUUUUUCCGCAAUUUGGUUUCUGGAGGAAGUGUUCGGAAGAGUUUGGGAAUUCUGUUUUUCUCAUAAGUUUUUGAAGGAAAAGUCUGAAGUUAGAUUGUAAUCUAAAAUCUUACUGAAGUUUGUGAAAGGAUUCAAACCUUCAUUUUGUUUCUAGCAAGUGAAAGAAAGUUAAUAGUUAAAGGGAACUUGUAGUUUUCUGCUGCUGUAUUUGUUGCACGGAGAAGUUCUUGAUGGGGAUUCUUGCCUUACAAACAGUAUUAUCAAGUCCAAACACUGCAUUGUGGACAUGUGCAUUUUGAGAUAUGUAAGAGCUAUGAAGUAUAUCUAUCAAUUGUUUGCAUUAUUAGCUUAGAUCUGAGAUAUUUCUGAAGCUAUUAGUUUUUGCAGUUGAAGAAAAGUUCAUAUGUUACUGCAGUAUCCCUGUUAGCUCAAAUGUGAUUAUCUUAGAGUUUUUUCUGUUGAGGAUAACUUUGUCAAUUAGUCAUUGUGGCCCUGUUAGAUAUAGAUCCCUAAAGAGAUUUUGGAGCAUGGAUCCAGUAUAUUCAAGCGGAAGUAAUUCAGAUUUUGACAUUGACUUGGAGAGUGGGGGAACAACAAGUGAGGAAGAAACAACAAAAUGCUUGAGUUGUGAGAGUUCAGAGAAUCUCUUGACUAAGAUAAGGAGUGGUUUUGUAAGUUCAGAGUUAUUGCAUGAGUCUAAGAAAGGUGUAGAUUCUUCAAGUUCAUAUGGAAAAUUUAAAACAUCUGAUGAGAUUUCUGCCACAAAAGAGGAGCAGUUGCAGAAGUUUAGGGAAGAGAUGAUAAAUUAUGUUAAGACAAUUGAUAAGGAAAGGCCUAAAAAGCAUGGUUCUGCAAAGCCUCCUCGUCCUCCUAAAGGUCCCUUGUUGGAUGCUUCUGAUAUGAAGCUGCUGAAGGAAAUCUCGGAGCUCAAUUUGAAACGUAAAAGGAUGGGAAGAACCAGAACCUUGAAGAAAAUGAAAAAGGAGAAGACAUCAUCAUUGAGUAGUAAUAUUAUCGCCCUUUUGGUGACCAUAAUUUUCUUUCUGGUGAUCAUCUUUCAAGGCCUCCUAGGUUCAAGAGUGUAAUGCCAAUUGCGACAGUGCACCAACUUUCCAACUUCCAGGAUCUUAUGACAUAGCAAUAAUUUUGUGUACGAGAAACAGAGAAAGGUCCGAUGAGAAGAGGGUUCUCCAGUGGAACUAUUUUCAUGUUAUUUUGUAAAGUAGGUGUUUCAUGUAUGGAUUUGAGGUGAUUUGUCAAGGGUCUGAGGGGAGCUUCUGUGUAAUUGAUAAACCAGAACGAAGGGGUUUUAUCUCCUUUUAUAUUCGCAUUGAAUAUCAUGAGUAGGAUUCUGGGUUGCAUUUUGUUUAACUCAAUCAAGAGCUAUCAGAAAAUAGAUCUAUACCUUUUUUUUUAACAUA